AUGGCUAACAAUUCAGUCAACUUAGUUGAAAUUUUAUUAAAAAAGAAAAUCCCUGUGAGGAAUCCCAGAACAUUUCUUGUUGAAGGAACUCUAAUUAGUCUUUUACAGUGGAGUAUUCUUUUUGGUCGCAAUGAAAUGACCAAACUUCUGAAAAUGUCCGUAAAACAUCACGAAAAAUUGCAGGCGUUGAAAACAAGGAAUUGCAACCAGCUGGAAACAAGUGCAGUACCGAUACGGGCAUUUGUUGCGGAUAAGGUAUUUAAAAUUGGCGACGGUUCCUGUGGUUCAUGCGUUUAUGUCGGUCUUAUGGCUGAUGAAAGCGAAGUCGCUGUUAAGCGAAUGCCAGUGCAGAGGUGCGAAAGAACCGCUGAAAACGAAAAGGAAAUCCUGAGUCUCCUUGAAACAGAAAAAUCUCCAUUUGUAGUAAGCUAUCGAGGUUUUUACAACGACGGAAACUUCAUGUAUCUCGUUAUUGACCUCUGUAAGAAAGCUUGGAAAAGCUUGUUGAUUCUUCCAGUAUUGAACAUCUUCAACAACAUGGGCAACGAAUGA